AAUAUAAAUGUGCACGCUCGCUCCUGCUGUGCUCCCAUUUGAGCACAGGGACGUUGGACGAGAGGCAGACAGACAGCACCGGGAUACGACGACGCCACGCCACUUACUCUGAGAGACACGUCACACAUCUAUUUGCAGGACGGUUCUCUUCGUGAAGGGAGACGACCCACCAUCUCAGAAAUCAUAAAAAAGGACCCAAGAAAAUGCAGCUUUACAUUGAAAACCAUGACGAAAGCUGAAGGAAAACCCUCCAAAUGAGCAAACCUAGAGAUCAAAAACCUACUCCCGCAACUACUCUUGUGAAUGAUCGUAACCUGAACACAAUAGUGUUGUCUUCCGAAAUAUCAGGAACGAUCAUGUCCAAGGACGACGCUUGCAAAGUAACGUCAGCCUCUAAACACAAGGAACGCAAGCCCAAGAAGCCUCACUACAUCCCUCGUCCGUGGGGCAAGCCGUACAACUACAAAUGCUUUCAGUGCCCUUUCACUUGCAUGGAGAAGUCCCACCUGUACAACCACAUGAAGUACAGUCUGUGCAAGAACUCCCUCUCCCUGCUUAUCGAGUCUGACUGGCCCUACAAAAAGGGCAACAAUGUCCUGCACCCGGACCAACUGCGACCACUACAGCAGGGGAUGCGUGGACCUGGAAAAGACGCCCAGGAUCAGGCAACUCGGACUGAGGAGGAGCAGCAGCAGCAGAAUGUGGAGGAGGAAGCGGAAGAUCGGGAAAACCGUGUACAGGAAGAGGAAGGAGAGGAGGUCCGCACGUUGGUGAAAGAGAGGUCGGAAAGUGGGGAUCCUGCAGAGUGUAAAGCAGAUUCCGAGUUAUUGAUGGCGGACAUGCUUUCUCUGGAAGACCAGCUAAUACGGGCACGGUCAGUGGAGGUGGAGGCGCAGUUGAAACACUACAAGACCUUAUCCAAGACCUGCAUGACAGCUCCAAGGUUACUCUCGGACCAGUGGCGCCUCCUUACUUCAAGUAAAGCCAAAACCGAAGGCACUCAAGCCCGAAUGAAUGGUUCAAUCCCGUGUUACCCUCCCCCACCCAACCUGGUGGAUUAUCAGGAUCCGACCGGGCUCAACCUAUCAGUGCUCGGGGUGGGCUAUCCCAUCGGCCCAAGUCUUUUCUCAUACAUGAAUUCUACUCUCCCCGCCACUCAAACCCAUGCGCAGCUCGCUCAGCUUCCCUUCCUGGCUUCGGCCGCCCAGCUGAUUCAUCCGGCCUCAGGCAGCCACACGGACAGAACUUUUAUACCCCCGCGGCUCUACUACCCAUUCCUCUGUGAACACAGCUUCGGACCAGCUUCCGGUCAGAGUGAUGCCAAUAAAGGACAGAAAACAUCCCCAAACACUGGCGAUACAUUUUCUUUACCUGGCUUCCAGCCCAAAAUUAACCUGUGGAAGGUGCCUGCUUUGAGGCCCGGGGCUGCCACGGCUUCUCCCAUUGGUCGGGUUUCACCUCUAGGAGUUUCUUCUGACACGGUCUUUAGGCUGGGGGAUAAAGUGCAAGCUUCACCUAAGGAAGGUAAAACAAGUUGGAGUCUCAAGAGAACAGGCGGCCAUUUGACAAACCAUGAAUCCCCAGUGGAAAAGAAGCCGACAACAGACUUCACGUUGGAUCUUCUAAAGAACAUCCAGACAAGUCCUACUCUAAAUAUGGUAUCAGACAAACUGAGUUCACAGAAUUUGCAUCCCAGGACUAAAUCAUCCGAACCCUUGUACACACAUCAUCUAACCAGUCCCAAAAAUGAAGCAUCCUCCUUACCGGCUCCUAUUGGGGGAAACAGUAGCCAAGACCUUACGACCGCACGUCCUAUGGGUGACGGGGCCUCAGAUUCAGUGGCUGCUCUACUUAAUGAUCUCUCGAAAGCACUUCAGGAGUACCAGGAAGCAGAACGCAAAAUCUCCCACCUUGAAAAGGAGGAACUUCCCGUCCAGCAUCACCUAUGGGAGCACCUGAGCAAAAUCCGAAAUGAGCUGUCGCACAUCCACCAAGCGCUGGAAAGGACGGCCCGCCAAAGCGACGGUCCGCUAGACCUUUCAUUUAAGAGAGACUCCACAGACUCAAAGGAGUUCCACAUUAAGGACAAUAUUGCAGAGACGGACGAGGAAGAAGAGGAAGCUAGAGAAGAAGAGGAGAGGAAAGCCAUGAGGGCCUCGCUGGAGACUCGUAAGCAAUCGCUAGACAUGCUGAUCAAGAUGAAUAAUACCGGUGCGUCGGUGAUGACUGCAGAUGUCCUGGCUCAGGGAGCACUGGCCAUCAGCCACACCCCCGCGGAGACCUUGUGGCCCGGCAGAACCACAAAGUGCGAAGCCGACUCCAGCGUGCUGCUCUGUCCUGACGGCAGAUCGGUCAUGUUUACGGACAUCCCAUCAUCGGCCAAAGCGGCUAAAAGACAGACUUCAAUACAGCGGGUGGAGGGGCAGUGCCCCCAAAGCCCUUUAACAGCUAUAGAAAAUUAACGAUUGCUUGUAUGUUGAGAUUCUAAGUCAAUCCGCAAUUUGAAUCGGGACAAAUUUUUAUAGUUGUUGUAGACAUUUCACAACUCGGUUUCCCUAAAAUGGCUUAUUCAUUGGCUGCUAUUGUCCGUAACAAUCAGAGUUCAGUUUAUAUGUUGCCAUGGCAAUGUAAUAUGCAUUUGGCCAUCAGAAUAAUAAGAAUAUUUAGGACCAAAGAAGUUUUUAAGAUUAAAGGUGAAAUGUCUUCAUGAAUAAAGAAUUCUGUUGCCGCUAUUGACUUUGCAGAUGAAAGGUUAGUUCCUAAGGAAAAAACAUUGUCUUUAAUUUUACAGGCCACUGCAUUUUGUUUAGCACUUUUCUAUUGAGACCCAAACAACAUGGGGAAAAACAAUUUUACAUUUUGUCUGCUAUCUUGUUAAGUGUGUAAAAAAAGCACAUACUGUAUCUAUAAUAUUGCCUGGGCUCUGUACAUUUCCUCAAAAGAGACACGUGUCACACAUGCACUAUAAACUUUAGAUUGUCAGCAGGUUGUCAUUAGAAAAAUCCUUUCAAUCAGUUGGACUGACAAUCAUUACCACCACUUUGUAAAUGAUGUGAAAGACAAUGAAAAAAAUGUACAGUGUUUUAAAGUCUAAAUGAUUUUAUAAAGACAAUCUUUCGUAUGUUGUGAGUUUACUAACAAAACUGUAUUGCACGCAUAUUUCUUGCAAAAAUAAAAUGUCAUACCAAUAGCAAAAACAAUGAAGCCUAUCAUAUUAAAGCAA